CAUAUACUCAAUCACCCUUUUUUCUCCUAACACCAACCUUUUUCCACUUUCUCUUUCUAUAUAAAUAAAUUUUUCUUGCCUUUGUUUGCUUCUAUAAUAUAGAGAUGGCAGAUUCUAAUAGAAGUGAAGAAUUUUCUGUCUGCUCUCAAAAUCAUGAGGCCGUUGCUUCAGGUAAAAGAUAUGGAGAACUUGUGCCAAAGAAAAAGCCUUUAAUUUUAAAGGACCAUAAACGUGCAUUUUUUGAUUCCGCAGACUGGGCCUUGUGCAAGCAAGGUGCAGGAGUUAGUCAAAAUUCAACAGUAGCUAUAGAGACAUUGAGCCCAAAGUUGCAGAGAACGCCGCAUCAACAACUACCUCCUCGAAGACCUGCGUGCACGUCUUGACAUGUUAGCUUUUAUUGAAAAUCUCGUCAAUAAAAUAAUCAGAAAUAUUAUGGGGUUAUAUGUAAGUAAUUAUAAAUAACUCAUGUGAAAAGUUUCACUAAUUAUGAAAUGGUGUUACUUUCUACCAUUUGUUUGAGAAUUUCAACAUUAUUAUAAUUACUUCGCUCCAAUUUUCAUAGUGUGUAAA